AUGGAUAAAACUCAAAGAGAGGAUCACUUGAAAAGAGGUUCGAACGUUACACCGUAUGAAGCAUUGUUGGCAGGUUCAAUAUCAGGUGGAGUUUCGAGAGCAAUUACCGCUCCAUUAGAUACUAUAAAAAUCAGACUUCAAUUACAACAACAUACAUUUAAACAUAGAAUAACCGUUCCUACCAUUGUAAAGAAUUUAUUAAAAGAAGAGGGUAUAAUUGCAUUAUGGAAAGGAAAUGUACCUGCUGAAAUUCUAUAUAUUAUUUAUGGAGGUGUUCAAUUUACUUCAUAUUCUAUAUUGAGUAAAUCGUUAUCACGUCUUGAAGAUGAUUACAAAUUAAAAUUAUCAUCUGCAUCACAUUCUUUACUUGUGGGGUUGGGUGCAGGAUUUGCAAGUACUAUCAUCACGUAUCCUUUCGAUUUGUUGAGAACAAGAUUAGUAGCAAAUAAAAAGAAAAAUCUACUAUCAAUGACAAAAGUUUUCAGAGGUAUAAUCAAAAAUGAUGGUUUUAAAGGCAUGUUUGUGGGAGUUAGACCGGCUAUGUUCUCAGUUGCCUUGAAUACAGGAUUGAUGUUUUGGUCUUAUGAACUAGCACGAGAUUUCUCAACAAAUUAUAAACAUAUUCCAUUUGUGGAAGGUCUUUGUGGAUUCAUUGCUGGAGCAACUUCAAAAGGAAUAACUUUUCCAUUAGACACAUUGAGAAAAAGAUGUCAAAUGUAUUCUGUUGUUCAUGGUACCCAAUGUCCGAAUUCAAUUCAUUUAUUUUUCAAUAUUUUGAAACGGGAAGGUAUAUUUGGGCUAUAUAAAGGUUACGGUGUAAGCAUUUUGAAGACAGCUCCUACAAGUGCAAUUUCAUUAUUAAUGUAUGAAUAUGCCAUAAGAUGGAUUAAGAGGGGACAAUUAUAG